AUGGCUGACCAACAAAGCACCGCAAAUCGCAAGCGCCGUCGCCAGCAACAAGGCGAUCCAUUCGAUGCUUCGUCGCCACUCCCAGGCCCGUCCAAUGCCAACACACCGGCACGCUCCUCGCCACCUCCCUCGUCCCUUCCUCCGUCCAGUCCGCCCGCCGCCUUCUCCGACUUCACCGAUGGCGAGCUCGACGAUGCCGACGUCGUCGACGAAGAACGCGAAGCGAGACAGCUCGGCGACCACUUUCAAGACAAUGCAGACUCGGACGACGAAGGCGAGGACCUCUUUGGCGACAACAUGGACAACGACUACACCGAGAACGCCGCCCUCGAUCGCUACGACACCGCGCUAGGCAUCGACGACGACAACCAGUACGACCAGAUGGACGCCAACGCGCGCAGGCUCGCCGAACUCCGCAUGAGCCGCCGCGACCGCACAGAGGCCGCCAACAAGGGCAGCCGAUCUCGCGCUCCCGAAUUCCUCCACAGCGACGACGGCGCAAGCGAUGCAGACGACGGCGUCGCCAUCCUCAACCGUCGCAGACGAAGGCACUACGACGAAACAGCAGCGGGCGCAGACGCGGCCGCCUUUGCCGACGACCUUCCGCUCGAGCAGCUCGGCGACGUCAAGACCGACAGCAUCGCCAGCUGGGUCGCCACCGAAAACGUGCGCAGGGCCAUCGUCCGCGAGUUCCGCAACUUCCUCGUCACCUACGUCGACGAAAACGGUGUCAGUGUCUACGGCCAGCGCAUCAAGACGCUCGGCGAGACAAACGCAGAGUCGCUCGAGAUCUCGUUCCUCCACCUCGUCGACUCCAAGGCCAUCCUCGCCUACUUCCUCGCCAACUCGCCCGCCAGCAUGCUUCCCAUCUUUGACGAGGUCGCCUUCGACGUCAUCAUGCUCUACUACCCUUCCUACGACCGCAUCCACUCCGAGGUGCACGUCCGCAUCGCCGACCUGCCCACCUCAUCCACCCUCCGCGAUCUGCGCCAGGGCCAUCUCAACUCGCUCGUGCGCGUCAGCGGCGUCGUCACCCGACGCAGCGGCGUCUUCCCGCAGCUCAAGUACGUCAAGUUCGACUGUCUCAAGUGCGGCGCUGUGCUCGGCCCCUUCUGGCAGGACGCCAACCAGGAGAUCAAGAUCAGCUACUGCUCCAACUGCGAGCAGCGCGGUCCCUUCCGCAUCAACUCGGAGCAGACCGUCUAUCGCAACUACCAAAAGAUGACGCUGCAAGAGUCGCCCGGCAGCGUGCCUCCGGGCCGUCUGCCGCGCCACCGCGAAGUGAUCCUGCUCUGGGAUCUCAUCGACUCGGCCAAGCCCGGCGAGGAGGUCGAGAUCACCGGCGUGUACCGCAACAACUUUGACGCGUCCCUCAACACCAAGAACGGCUUCCCCGUCUUUGCCACCGUGCUCGAGGCCAACCACAUCGCCAAGCGCGACGACGCUUUCUCGGCAUUCCGCCUCACCGAGGAGGAUGAGCGUCAGAUCAAGGCACUCGCCAAGGACGAGCGCAUCGGCAAGCGCAUUAUCAAGAGCAUCGCGCCGUCCAUCUACGGCCACGAGGACAUCAAGACCGCCAUCGCGCUCAGCCUCUUUGGCGGCGUGUCCAAGGACAUUGGCGGCAAGCAUCGUAUCCGUGGCGACAUCAAUGUGCUGCUGCUGGGUGACCCAGGUACGGCCAAGUCGCAGUUCCUCAAGUACGUCGAAAAGACCGCGUCGCGCGCCGUCUUCACCACGGGCCAGGGUGCUUCGGCGGUGGGUCUGACGGCGUCGGUUCGCAAGGAUCCCGUGACGCGCGAGUGGACGCUCGAGGGCGGUGCGCUCGUGCUGGCCGACAAGGGCGUGUGCCUGAUCGACGAGUUUGACAAGAUGAACGAUGCCGACCGCACCUCGAUCCACGAGGCCAUGGAGCAGCAGCAGAUCAGUAUCUCCAAGGCGGGCAUCGUGACCACGUUGCAAGCGCGCUGUGCCAUUGUGGCGGCUGCCAACCCGAUUCGCGGCCGAUACAAUCCCACGAUUCCCUUCAACCAGAACGUCGAGCUGACCGAGCCGAUUCUGUCGCGAUUCGACGCGCUGUGCGUAGUCAAGGACACGGUGGAUCCGGUCAAGGACGACAUGCUGGCGCGCUUUGUGGUGGGCUCGCAUCUGCGCUCGCAUCCCAAGUUUGAUGACGAGACGGACGAGCAGCUUGUGGCUACGUCGCUCGAUGCCGACAUCCUGCCGCAGGAUUUGCUCAAGAAGUACAUCAUGUAUGCGCGAGACCACGUGCGUCCGUCGCUGAAUGCGCUCGACCAGGACCGUAUCUCGCGGCUCUAUGCGGAUCUGCGUCGCGAGUCGAUCUCGACGGGUAGCUUCCCCAUCACGGUGCGUCAUCUGGAGAGCAUGAUCCGCAUGGCCGAGGCGUCGGCCAAGAUGCAUCUGCGCGACUAUGUGCGUACGGACGACAUCGACGUGGCCAUCCGCGCAACGGUCGAGUCGUUUGUGUCUGCGCAAAAGAUGAGCGUCAAGAAGACGCUCGAGCGCGGAUUCCGCAAGUACCUGCACCAGAGCCGCGACCACGACGAGCUGCUCUCGUUCCUGCUCGGCUCGAUCGUCAAGGACCGCAUGCGCUUCGUGCAGCUCUCGGCGGGCGCGCGCCGUGGUGCCCAGGGCGAUACGGUGGUGACCGUUCCGGCCGCCGAGCUCGAAACACGCGCCAAGGAGGUCGACGUGUUUGACAUCCGGCCUUACCUCGGCUCGAAACUCUUCCACGCCAACGGCUACACGUUCAACGCUGCCGACCGCUCCAUCACCAAGACGUUCGGCGCCAAGCGGACUGGCUUGUCGGCGGCAGGUGGCAACGCUGCUGCCGCCAUGGUGGCCUGA